AUGUUCCGCACCGCCCCUCGCAUGGCCGGGUUCGUGUUCCGUGAGAACCGCGUUCCCUACUACCAGCGUCUGUUCCAAGGCCACGAUGGCAAGCGUCAAUGGUACCAGACUUCCCGCUCCGGCUUCCUCGUGUACCCCUACCUGAUCUCGAUCUACGGUCUGGGUGCUGCUACCACCUACGCCAUGUGCCGCAUGGUUCUGGGCCACAAGACCUGGUUCGGUGAGAAAUAA